AUGAGGCCUUCUCAGCUCCUGACAACCGUGUUUGCCGCCUCUCUGGCAUCCGCAUUUUCCUUCGAUUCUCUGAAAGACAUAAACGCUGUUGGAGGAAUUGAAGAUAUAUUAUAUCGGCGGCAGGACAACAAUGAUGAGUCAGCCUCAGCGCGAGUGACAGAUCCACCGAAGACCACGGGCGGCAAGGAACCAUCACGAACAGGAGAUAACACAGCUCAGGAAACUGGGUCAGAACAGACAGGCACCGAAAGAGGCACACGCACCAUAACGAGCUCGCCUACCGAGUCCAUUGACGUCGAUCCACGUCUACCCGCCGGCGGCAUUUCUAUGAUCACCCCCUCCGCCAUCGCCGUGGCAUCAUACUACAAGAUCGGCGACUGGGUCACUUUUGCGUGGAACUACACCUCUCUCGAAGUUACUCCGACUGCUGUUGACGUCGUCGCCUCAUGUACAAAGAACCAGCAGCUAUACACACUCGCCGUAAAUCAGACAUGGGAGGAUAGCAACACAGUCUUCUGGGAUACAGGCGCAUACCAGGCCUCGGCAACAGUACCACUUUUGACCGAAACGUACACACUGAUUGUCUACGACGCCGACAGCAGUAUCAGCGCCACCCCAAAAGCAGGAUAUCUUGGGUCGUCAGGCUCAUUUACGUUUGGCAUGUACGUCAGGCAGCCAUACUCGGAUCUCGACAGCAACGGUAAAUUCAACUGUCCAACAUGCAACAGCGGCAGCAGUCUUCUUACCGGUAACGAGAAGCAAACGCUCGGGUUCCUAUUUACCAUGGCGACCAUAACCGUGCUAUCAUUUACCUGGUUCGGCAGCGGCUUCGGCCUUUUCUAA